CGCCGAAAUUGGAUAUAAGGGAUACAAAGUGUGGUCAAUCAGCAUGAAACACUGACGAGAAAGUGAAAGAAAAGACUGGUCACAGACAAUGCCAACACUCACGAUGAUACUGUGGUUGUAAGGCAAACAUGAAAAUAUGUGUCGUGGUGACUAUAGUUGGAACUGUCUUGGUUGUCAUGACAUCCCUGGGGAUGACUGUGAUACCGCCUGCACAUCGCCGGAAGACCGUGUAUCAACACAUACAAUACUGGAAUAGACUGCGAAAGUUCGCCUCCUUGAUAAAGACGUACAACCUAUCUCAUCACUUCGAGAGACCCGGAAUCACGGUGUUCGUACCCGUGUCCUCCUCCAACGAUGUCUUCCUUACCGAGGCCGCCUGGUUUGGUUACAACACAAGUGAUCGUGCAACCGUGGAAAGCAUACUUGUAUAUCACAUAGCGGAAUCGGUGACGACUGUAGCUGAUAUGUCCUCACGGAAAUCCGUGAUGACUUCUCUAGAAGGACAGAGGCGGCUCUUCUUUGGAAGUUACAACUACGGAGACUCUAUUGAUAUAGGUGCACACUCGUACAUGUCCUAUGAUAUAGGUACACGCUCGAAUAUGUCUAUUGAUAUAGGUACACACUCGUACCUGUCCUAUGAUAUAGGUAAACACUCGUACAUGUCCUAUGAUAAAGGUUCACACUCGUACAUGUCUUAUGAUAUAGGCGCACACUCGUACAUGUCCUAUAAUAUAGGUACACACUCGUACAGGUCCUAUGAUAUAGGUACACACUCGUACCUGUCCUAUGGUACACUCUCGUACAUGUCUCAUGAUACGGGUACACACUCGUACACGUCUCAUGAUAUAGGUACAGACUCGUACAUGUCCUGUGAUAAAGGUACACACUCGUACCUGUCCUAUGAUAUAGGUACACACUCAUACAUGUCCUGUGAUAAAAGUACACACUCGUACCUGUCUUAUGAUAUAGGUACAAACUCGUACCUGUCCUAUGAUAUAGAUACAUACUCGUACAGGUCCUAUGAUAAAGGUGCACACUCGUACAUGUCUAAUGAUACCAGUACACACCCGUACAUGUUUCAUGAUAUAGUACACACUCGUACAUUUCCCAUGAUACAGGUACACACCGUCAACGGAGCCUGGAUUCUGACGGCAGACAUUCAGGCGAGCAACGGAAUAGUUCACCUGGUGGACAGGUUCCUGAUACCAAUACAGUCAAACAAGACGGUCGCAGAUUAUCUGGAACAUCCGGACAUACAGAGGUUUUCAUUUCAAUCAAUUAGGUUGGCAUCUAUCAUAGACUUGCAACUGAAGUCUGCAACGAACUCUUCAACGAAUCGCUUCACCGUGUUUGCUCCUAAUGAUUCCGACAUCAACAUAAUGCCGGACUUUGGCAAGGACAUUUUGUUUAAUGAUACGGCUUUGCUGAAAUCGGUAUUUUGGGCCCACACGAUCGAGGACGAAACGGUGUAUAUCCCCAGGAUGGGAACUAUUCCCAACUACCCAGCAAAGGCGGGCAUACUGAAGUUUUACCGCGUUGGAUCCGAUGUGUACCUGUCGAACAAUAAGGUUCGAGCCCGUGUUGUGCAGCCGAACAUCCCGGUACAGAACGGGGUCAUCCACGUUAUUGACGACCUGCUUUUCUUUGUGUACAGAAACUUGCGGCAGACGAUCGAACAUCAACAAAAAAUAAGUUUUAUACAAGGCAAUCUUCACAGUCUGGACGCGGAAAUCGUGACCAAACUCACGGAUAAAACACGCAAUAUGACGCUGUUCCUGCCAACAGACGACGCCUUUGCAAAGCUGCCACAAAAUAAACAAUAUUCAAUAGACAAUAAUGGGACUCACGUUUCUCGGUUAUUCCGGGACCACCUUAUUAUGUAUGCAGAGCGGGACAUCGAUUCUUUCCAAGACGGGGACACAUUCACGACCGCAGACGGCGCAAUACUGACCGUGAAGAAGAUUCAAAAUGUCGUGUACGUGGAAGGCGGUGGUGUCCGUGCCAAGGUGACCGAGCCGGAUAUCGGUUGCACCAACGGCGUCAUACAUCUCGUCAACAGUGUUCUCUUCCAGCGUGACUUCACCAUCUGGGACGCAAUAAUGGGAAACAACCAGCUGAGCAAUAUGAAGCAAUUGAUUAGCAAGAACCAGGACCUAAUGGCGACAUUGAAUGCUACAAGAAAUGGACCCAUGACGGUGUUCCUGAUAAGCGACGCUGCCUUGAACAAUCUCCCUAGCGACACGUUCAAACAUUUUACGGCCAACUACAAUUUGAUACUCGAAGCGCUGCAUGGAUCAAUUGUACCCGGGGUUAUUCUGAGCUCCACCCAAAUAACGGGCGAGGUGGAGGUCCCUACGUUAACGGGCAAAACUAUCACACUGCAUCAAACCGAGACAGGUUUGUACAUAUUCGGAAGUCGGAUUCGCGCUACUGUAGUCAUCGAGGACAUCUGGUGUUCUAACGGCGUCUUACAUAUCACAGAUAACCUCCUGCACCUUCCGACCAGAAACAUUGUGGACGAAAUGGCGGUGCAACCCGGUCUUGGGGUUAUGGCUGGAAUUCUCGAUGCCAUUCCGUCUCUGAAACAAAUCCUGAAUGACACGAGUAAAACGUUCACCAUGUUUGUUCCCAGUGACGACGCGUUCACACUGCUACCCACCCAUCGGGCUCAGAAGCUGCAAGACCCCAUCUUACUGCAACAUAUCGUUCGCUCACAUGUUAUUUUCGGCUCUUCAUUCUUCAUGGAGCAGUUCCGUGAUUACUCGAAAUUUUCAUCCCUGACAGGCGACCCGCUAUUUGUUCUACGUGAACAGGAGAAAGUGUUCGCGGUCAGUAGCAAUGUCCGUGGGAGCGUUAUCAGGUCCGACAUCCGCUGCAGUAACGGGAUCAUCCACGUGUUGGACACGCUGUUGCAGUUCCCCUUCUGGACCGUCGCCGAAACCAUUGAGAAAACCAACAACCUAUUGCCUUUUCACGACAUGAUAAUGAACGUGGAUGACCUCUACACUUGGUCGAACUCGCACGACACGAAUCUCACUCUGCUGAUACCCAGUGCCAAGUUUAUAGCAAGCCUCUCAAACUUCCAUCGAAGUUACAUAAGCGCGGAACCAUACAUGGAUAGACAGUUAUUCAACAGCCACGCACUGCCAUCUAUCACGUUAAAUCAAGCGUACAUGGACGCUAUGUUUAGUGGCAGUCGAAAGUUCUACACAGAGAAUCGCUACAAUACGACCUUCACCUUUGUAAAUAUGGACCCUAGCAAUAGAUCGGAAAUGACUUCGGUUGAUAUUGGCUACACGAAUCUCAGACGGUCUUUCGACAUGGUGCGUGACGGCAUCGCGUGCAGUAACGGCAUUAUGUACGUCAUCGACGGCUUCCUGAACUUCCCGCUGAAUGACGCUCACUUUGAGUUGACGCAUCAACCUGAUAUUAGUCUUGGAAGCGAUCAGCUGCUGAAGCUCAUACCGAGCGACUCCGGUAUUGAUCUGACGUCCUUGAAGACCAUGUACACGGUGUUCGUUCCCAUGGACUCCUCGCUGGACCCACAGCAUCUCAGUAGGCUGGACCUGGAGUACAUAAACACGAACCUCACUAAGGAGGCGAAGAUGGCUAUCGUUCGCCGCCAUAUCGUCCCCAACCAAAAGGUGGAUUACGACAGCAUCAUUGGCGGCUCAUUCAGCUCUUACGCAAGCAGCAGACAUAUCACAGUGAUAGCAAGAACUGACGGGUUUUAUCUCCGAUGGGAGGACAUCGAAGCCAAGAUCAUCAAACCAAACAUUUUAGCCAUUAACGCAAUAAUACACGUGGUGGAUCGGUUCCUCAUGACGUCACCGUACCAGACCACCACACUUCCGCCACCGACGUCGACGACUACUCAACAACCUGUAUCAUCCGGUCAUAAUAUCCAUGGCUCAGUUCACGCCCAUUAUGCCUCAUUAAAUAUUCAUUUUGCGUAUUUCAUUUGUCUCGUGUGUUCACAGGUUGUCACAUAUUUGAAUGUCUGUAGAUGAUGCAGGUGAAAGACUUUAUGAUUAUUUUCGUUUUUUUCUUCGAAAUACGUUGUGUUCGGAUUGUGUUGUAAUACGCUUAUUGUUUAAUAUACAUGUUUUCAAUUACUUAAUUAUGAGUAAUGCAUGAGCACCAUAAUUCAUGUAUUGUUUUCAGAUUAUUUUGUGAUUUGACAUGUUUAACUGUUGUAACGAUUUUAGUUAUAUAAUGUUAUACUAUUAAACGAUUUCCGGA